GCGAGAGAUAUGACGAGAGCAAGCGGAUCUACUCCCUCGCCCGUUUUACUUUACAUGUUUCGUACUUGUAAUGAAAUAGAUAUAUUUCAACUUGAAGGGAAAAAGAGCGAGUUGUGUAGCAAGCACGAAUAAAAAGAACCGAUCGAAUUCUUCUCGAUCGCGUAUGGCGAACUCAUUGGCUUCUCGCAAAAGUCAGGAUGGAGGGAUAAGGACGUCGACGAGUGUGACUGACAGUUAUAAACUUCGUGUCUCUCGUUUUCUCCCUGUUUCGUAUAAAUUUAGAAUUUUUGUUUACGCUAGAAUCUAGAGGUCGUAAAGAUGAGCCGGAUAAUUAACGUUUCGUUAUCUCGCGCGUCAAGUGCAGAAAAAUGUGCAAGAAAGGUGCAACGUGCAGCUAGAACUUGGAACGCGAACGAACGGCAGAUGCUGUCGUGUCAAUCGAUGUCAGAUUAGUCAGAUCAGUCAGAUGCGACUGGAGACGCGACGGCGAGACGGGUGGCCUGGUGUGACCGUGAUGAUCGUAAUCGUAAAGGCGGCGUGAUACCCUCUUGACGGGGGAUUAUGUGCGCCGCGGAUGGCGGAUGCGCGGAUUGCUCGCUUCAAGUUGACGGGGAGGAGAAGGAGAGAGAGAGAGAGAGGAGAUAGAUGCCGUGGUGCGCUUUGCGGGAUUAGGGUUACGAAAUCGCGCGAGUCGUAUUUUUCCGCGACUUUUAUGACGCGAGCUGACGAAUCGUCCAGUCCUACUACGAACGCAAACGCCUCGGCGAGCUUACGUCGCGUUGCCAAUGCCGAAAGCUGCGACGCAAGCUACCUUCUUACCUCUUCAGUCGCAGGAGAAGACGCACCAGUAAUGGAAGAGCCAGAAACUCCAGGAUCCGAUUGCAAUUCUAAUCCAGCGACAGAUUCCAUCCAGCAAGAUCUGGUUGGUUCCGAGUUCGUUCAAGACAACGUUGAAUAUCAAUGGUUUAUCGAUUAUGGAUAUAGAGAUGGAGGAGGUUUACAUAUCCAUCCCAGUGUUCUUUCGUCGCUUUCCGCGUCCUACUCUCCCAAGGAUCUGGGUUAUUAUGACGAUCUUGCACGUAAUUUGGAUGCUAAUCUGGCGGAAAUUGACAUGGAGAGCUUUCGUACGGCGGACAUUCAUACCCUCCUUACAGCUCUACCUGUCAUGUGCACAGAACCAGUUCAACAUUCCGAAUUUAACUAUCAAAGGGAACAGUAUGCCAGUAUAUCUGGAUCUGUUAUGGAAAAGCUUGACAUCGGUUCUUCCAUCAGCCCUCAUACCAGUAGCCAGGGAGAAGAUUCCGCAUGUUCCACUGCUGAUACGAUAUCCAUAUGCAAGUCGUCAUUGCUAUUUUCUCCAGUAAAAGAAACGCCAAUGUUACCACCGGGUGGUAGUUAUAGUGUAGAUUCGUUGGACUGCGAAGAUAUGUUACUCACCUGUCAAACAAAUAAUAAAAACAAUUAUACCAUCGCUUUUGAGGGUAGCAUGACCAUGUAUUCGGAUGGCUCUCAAGAUUUUGAAAAUCAUGAUAAACAUAAAACAUAUGAACCAUCAGACAUAUUCUAUGAUAAACAAAAAGAUAUGAAGACUAUGCUGGACUUAUCAAUGGCAUGUUCCGAUUCAAAGAUAUAUACAACGUGGAGUAAUCUGAAACAUUCCUCCAUGAACAAAGUAAUAACUCGUCAUCCUUCCGGUAACAAUAACACGUUACCAGAUAUCUCACAAAAUGCCGCUAAUCUGACGCUUGGUGAGAUGAAUAAACGGAGCCAAAGCUUACCGGAUCUGUCUCGCGUUCGUGAAUUUCAACAUACUAAUAUACCUCUUAAUUUUAGUAUUGAUUCGGCCGAAUCAAGCAAUCAUAUGCAGCGAUUACACAGUUCUGGAUCUGCGAUGAGUCGUUCGAUAAACGCCGAAAGCUCGGACAAUGGGGAAAGCGCUGGUACAAAGAAACUACAAAAUUUAAGUCUCGUCAGAUUAUUCAUGAAGCAAAAGAGUAUGAGCGUAGAGGGGAUGAGUCUUACUUUGGAUCAGUCGGAUUCUAUUAGUGACAACAGUGGUUGGCCCACUAGCAAUAGCGGCAGUGAUAGCGCAACCAACACGAAUACUCAGAUACAACGUCAAUCUGGUCAAGAUAAUGUCUGCCGUGUGUCCGAAAAUGAUUUCUCUAUUAAUUGGAUUAGGCGUGAUACUAUCAACAAUCACGACAUGGAAAAUCAGAGAGAAAACUUGAACGUUCUAAAGUGCGCGACACGAAAUAAUAAAGACGAUAAAAUUGAAAUGGCAUCAUCCGCAUCAGUAGAAGAACUUUCGGAAAGUGUAUCCAAAUCGGAUUGCAUGAGCGAUCAACGAAGCUUCGAUAACAAUGUUCUCUUUGAACAUCAGCAGAGGAACGGCUGGAUUGGCUUAAUGGAAAAGAAACACCCAAUCUGUCGAACCACGGGAAUACAAGCGAAUGCGGAAAUGGAAGACAACGCAGUUCAAACUUCUUUAAUUUUUACCGCGAUGAAAGAAAAAUACAGUCCCCUUUUGCAAGAAAUGACAGUUAAUAAAAAACCUGUAUACGUUGUAUAUCCUAAUUACACAUUGCCUGAUUUAUCGUUUCUCAAAAAAGAUACCAAAAUUGAUAACAUCGCGUUGAAGCCGCACACGUUCGAUAAAAACAAGAUGGAAUGGAAACGUACUCUUCGUUCGGGUAGACCAUUUUCGUGUAACGAUAUCGAUGCUCUACGGCAACGCGGGUUCGCGCACGUAAAGGAUUGGGAAUCGCUUACGUUCCUCUUGCCGUAUGAAUAUAAAAAGAUUUUGCACGAUGUACCAGAAGUAUCGAGAUAUAUUAAUAUCAAUGAGGAAGUUAAACGACCUCUGUUUUGUUUGUCUCCACCAAUGCGUCAUAAGACACGACCCAUCAGUGAGAUUAUACCGAAUAACACUUCUUCAACGAGCAGCACCGCGACACAACCAUCUUCCGGAUAUAGAGGCUCGUCAACGAUUUUAACCGAUUCCUCGACGAAUCAACAACCAUUGACAAAUAAUGCAAUUAAUCCAUUGUAUUUAUAUCGUUAUGACAGUAUUAGUUCGGAGGCUAGUUUAGUAAAUAACGACAGGAAAAUGCAUAGGUUUAAUCAAACGAGACAAGCCUGCCCGUCUCUUUCGAAGCGAUCCGUAUCAUUACCGCAGGGUGAGGGAGAACCUGAGUUUAAUAAUGGCAGAGUACCACCACGGCCGCCUUUGCCGAGGAGUAUUUUACGAAAGAACAAAGUUCUCGCAAGUAAACGAUACAGUAUGUUUGAGAUGGGAGAUGUGGGUGAACAAUCAGAAGAAUCACAAUCUGUGGAAAUAAACAAGAGAAUGUCUUUGCAAGAGCCGUAUUAUAUGAAUAAUGAUCUGCAGUUGUUAUGUCGCGAAAGAACGAUCGAUUCGGAGAAGGAUGUCGAUGAAACAGAAGCAGAGAGAUAUCUUAGAGAAAAAUUGAAUGACAUUAUGAAUAACGCAAACGCGGAGUCGGAAACUUCUCAGCAGAGCGACGAUGAUAUUAAGCAACUAGAGGAAUAUUUGAAACGCAGUGCAAUCUCGUCGCAAAGCAGCGAUGGGGAUAUCGACAAUGCCGAAGUUAAAGUGAGAUCGUACGUGAGAAAAUUUUUAGCUUUGAAAAUGAACAAGGAUCCACUUAUUAGGAAUAUCGAUAUGGGAGAAUCACAAAGAAAAACCGUCAGUUUCGCCGUACACCAAAGAAAAAAACAUCUGGACUCCAAGCUAAAUAAUCUGAAUGUCGUUGUAAAUGAACAAAGUCAAGAUCAAGCAGAUGAAGAUAAAUUAAUGGAGCUAGAAGAAAAGAAGAAAAUGGUAUCAUCUGUAAAUAAAGCGGUGGAUCUUUUAUUAAAAUAUUGGAACGCUGAUUCGAAUCAUAGUCGUCCCAAUUAUAACGAAAGAAACGAAUGUGCGCAAAUCUGCUUGAGUAAUUUAUGUCCGGCUUUAUACGCUAUUAUGUCGGAUGGCUUGAAACCCCAUUUAAAUUCCACUUUUGGACCAAUUACCAAUAGCGUUUGGCAGGUUGUCGAGGCCAGUUCUCAACAAGGGCCUCUUACGAAGACAUUAAAUGAAUUGGUACAAAGGAUUAAUGGCGAAGAUGUUAUCACAGAAGGAAUGUUAAAAUUCCAUGCAUUCGUAUUUGGUUUGUUAAAUUUGAGAGCCCUAGACGCAUGGUUUGCAUACUUGUGUACACGUGAAUCAAUUCUACGGAAACAUUACAAUAACCAUAGCUUAUUCGUUGCGGCCUUGGCCAACGCCAAUGUUCGAGAAAUUGUAGAUUCGUUAUUAUACAUUUUGAAUCCACUUGCAUUCUGUCCAUUCCAUUUGGAUCUUCUCUAUCAAUAUCGUCAAUUGCAAAAUAGUUUUGGGAAUAUAAAUGGUCAUACUGUGAACGUCACGAGCUUUAGAAACGUCGAUAUGAAAGACCUUGAGACUGAGAAAACAGAAUCUUGGGGAAUAGCUCCCAGUCCGAAAAAGACACGACCAAGAUCUUGUAUCGCUUACAACAUGGAUGAUAAAUGCAAUACUGUGUAUAAAGGUGAUCUCCAAAAUGCAGCAAAGAAACGAUUCAGUGCCAUAAGCCCGAAGACAUUUUACGCGUUAGACAAAUUGACUUCCGAGGAUUCCGAAGAUUAUACAGACAGUCUGGAACAUUCCCCUCUAAAUAGAAAAGCAAGCAAGCGAUCGCAACAAUCGAAACUUUUUAGUCCCGAUACCACUAAACCGAAUGACGAUGAUGGUUUUUCUGGCGAAACGAAAUUUAAAAAGUUACAGGAAAAGUGGGAAUUGAUGAUUGGUAAAGAAGGCAAUAAAGCCCAACCCGCCGUAAUGACUCCCUCUUCGCCGGUUCGAACGUUCGGAGUGUUGGGAAAAUCAAAGAUUCCUAGAUUACUCACAUCACCGGUGAAACAAUCCAAUGUCGCGGCGAAUGCUGUUGGGAAAUCAUCAAAGUCCCCGGUAUCGGCAAUUUCUUCGCUAAAGAAACCCGCUAAUCUUCCUACAACAAAACCAACACCAAAGAAGCCUAUGGAUGCAAAAAUGAGAGAUGUGACGCGUCGUACCAGUCGCGUCGAUCAGGAUACUUUAGGCGUGACGCGAACUCACACCGCACGCCCGAGUUCCUUACCCUAUAAAUCACACGGAGUAACGUCAAACGACAAGAAUCUAAUUUCACCUCACAGGCGGGCCGUUUCGACUUCUCUACCGCGACCAACUGCUACCGUAUCGAGAACACCAGUUUCAAAACAAUCACACAAAGAAGUUCGUACCCUCACUCACAGGAUACCGUCGGAUACCGGUCACCUUUCGUUCGCAGAGGGGGAGAAAUUAAAAGUAAUAUUAGAAGUGGAUAAUAAGUGGUUACUGUGCGCGAAAGGUGAUCGAAGAGGUCUGGUACCACGGGCAUGUGUACACAGCAUUCAAACUUAGCCCCUCAUCUCGACGACCCUUCACGACCGCAAAUACAACCGGGGUCCUACGUUACGUAACUGUAAUCCUACCCUCGGAGACGAAGACGAGCGAAUUGAGAGAGGACGAGCUGAAAAGUUCAAAUUAUCUAAAUAUCCCGGGACGACAUAAGUGAUGUACAGUGUAUUAAAAUUGUUUUUAAGUCGUACAAUGUAAUACGCAUUAUCACGCGCUUGUAAAGUUACUUUUAAUCAAGAAUACUUUGUUUUUAUCGAAAUGCGACAGUAGUAUUAUCGCUAGCGACAUCAUCGAGGACAUAGAGAUAUCACCUAGUCAUAGGCUCCUGGAUGACAUUAUAUUUAUUUAGAUUCAUUUAUUUUAGAACGAUGUAAGAACGCGAGGAUAACGACUCGAAAUAUCCUUAAUGAUUAAAAAAACCGAAAACAGUGUACUGAUCUACACAUGUUAUGAAUAUAUGUAACUGUGAUCCUAGUAAAUAGGCAAUUAAGUUUAUUAGUAUGAACGCGCGAUGUAUAUUUCGUUUUGAUGUUUAUAUACUUUGUAAUUUA